AUGCGCACCAUUGACACAAUCUGGCCGCACCUCGCGGCGGAGCAGAGGCUCGUCGCGAGGGAGGGACCAGCGACGGCGCGCGCCGGGAGGCGGCUCCUUCUCGUCACCACCACCUUCCCGCAUGAGCUGCAGCGCGCCAAGCUGAUGCAUUGCGCCAGGCUGCUGAGCACCGAGGGAAGAGGAGUGCUCUGGCUCGUGGCCGAGGACGCAGCUGCGCCAAGUCCCGACGUGUCACAGCUGCUCAGCGAGAGCGGAGUCCCGCAUGUCCACCUCGCUUUUGGCCCGACUCGCUCCGGAGGCAACGCGCAGCGCAACGUGGCGCUCAAGUACAUCCGCGACCGCCGGCUGAGCGGCGUCGUCUACAACAUGGACGACGACAACGCGUACCACCCCUCGCUUUGGUCCGAGCUGCGCUUGCUCGGGCGGCGGCGGGUCGGCAUUUUUGCCGUGCGCCGGUCGGUGUGGCUCGCUCCGGCGUGCGACGGCUACUUUCGAGGACGGUGGACGGCGAUGACGAUCGAGAGGCCCGUGUACAACCAGUCGACAGGCGAGUUCAAGCACUUUAGCGCGGGGUGGUGCAGCGGCACGAAGCACAACUGGCAGGCGCGGAUGUACGGCGCGCGCAAGUACUGCGUCGAUAUGGGCGGCUUCGCCUUCGACGCAGAGCUCCUCUGGCGCGUCGAGGGCGAGGUCUGGUCUUUCAGCCGCAAGCAGGGUGGCGAGUCGGAGCUCGUCGACAAGCUGCUCGGCCCCUCGGGAUCCCCAGCGCAGCUGCAGCCCCUGGCCAACUGUGGGAUGGACGUGCUUGUCUUUCACAACGAGUACCGCCACUUCCCCCGCCCCGUCCGGUUCCCACCCGCCCGCUGCACUUAG